CUUUCCAGGGUUUUGAAAAGAAAAAGAAGAGACAUUUAAAAUUCAAAAAUUUUUGCAUAUACAUACACGUAGCUGGUUUUUUCCCUUUUUUAUUUUGUGCGGAUAUAUGCAUGUAUGAUGAAUAAUUUGUUAUUGUUUCUCCUAUGGAAAAAGGAAAAUAAAGAGAGGUGUAAAAUAUGAAGAAACUCUGAGCUUAUGGUAAAAAUUGAUAACUUUUUUUUUUUGCCAAAAUUUUCAGGGACUAAAUAUUUUUUUGUAGGGAUCGAAACCCCUGAUUUUCUUGGGGGAGAAAGAAGGAAAGUAGUGAUAGCAUUUCACAUAUAAAAAAAUUUGAAAAAAAUAUAUGCAUAAAAUUUGAUAGAAGGAAUUUUAGUGUGAAAUGUUGGCAUUGGUGGAGGGAAAGAGGAGUAGCAGCUGAUGAUGGAGCAAGAAUUAGAUUCAAAGCUUAGGAUAGAAAAUAAUUUACCAAAUCCUCAAAGAUCUAAGAGCUUUGCAUUCAGAGCACCUCAGGAAAAUUUCACAAUCCAAGAUUUUGAAUUGGGAAAGAUCUAUGGAGUUGGUUCUUAUUCAAAGGUUGUCAGAGCAAAAAAGAAAGACACAGGGAAUGUUUAUGCGUUGAAGAUCAUGGACAAAAAGUUCAUCACUAAAGAAAAUAAGACUGCCUAUGUGAAAUUAGAAAGAAUUGUACUUGAUCAGUUGGAUCAUCCUGACAUGGCACUGGAGUCCUGUGAAGGUGGUGAGCUUUUUGAUCAAAUUACCAGGAAAGGUCGUUUGUCCGAGGAUGAAGCACGUUUUUACGCAGCUGAAGUGGCAGAUUCUCUUGAAUAUAUACACAGUAUGGGAUUGAUUCAUCGAGAUAUUAAGCCAGAGAACCUGCUACUCACUUCAGAUGGACGUAUUAAAAUUGCGGACUUUGGCAGUGUAAAACCCAUGCAGGAUAGCAGAAUAACAGUACUUCCAAAUGCAGCAUCAGAUGACAAGGCAUGUACUUUUGUGGGGACAGCUGCAUAUGUCCCUCCUGAAGUUUUAAAUUCUUCUCCUGCAACUUUUGGAAAUGAUCUCUGGGCACUUGGCUGCACCUUAUAUCAAAUGCUUUCAGGAUUUUCACCUUUUAAAGAUACCAGUGAAUGGCUCAUUUUUCAAAGAAUCAUUGCUAGAGAUAUCAGGUUCCCAAAUUAUUUUUCAAAUGAAGCUAGAGAUCUCAUUGAUCAGUUGCUCGAUAUUGAUCCUAGCCGAAGACCAGGUGCUGGACCUGAUGGUUAUGCUUCACUGAAAAACCAUCCUUUCUUUAGUGGAGUUGAUUGGGACAAUUUAAGGUUACAAACUCCUCCACGGCUUGCUGCAGAGCCGAAAGGACACUCUACUCGUACCAGUGGUGAAGAUCAUGAUCCUUCAUGGAAUCCCUCACAUAUAGGGGAUGGUUCAGCUAGACCUAAUGAUGGAAAUGGUGGUACGCCAUCCUCUUCUGAAGCUAAUAGCGUUACCAGGCUUGCUUCAAUCGACUCAUUUGAUUCAAAAUGGAAGCAGUUUUUGGAGCCUGGUGAAUCUGUUCUUAUGAUCUCCAAUGUGAAAAAGAUACAGAAGCUUACAAGCAAGAAAGUUCAGCUUAUCUUGACAAAUAAGCCAAAAUUGAUCUACGUAGACCCCUCAAAGUUGGUGGUCAAAGGGAAUAUUAUAUGGUCCGACAAUUCUAACGAUCUCAAUAUUCAAGUCAUAAGCCCUUCACAGUUCAAGGUUUGCACACCAAAGAAAGUUAUGUCUUUCGAGGAUGCUAAACAACGAGCAAUGCAGUGGAAAAAGGCCAUUGAAACUCUUCAGAACCGGUGAUAUCUAUAUAUCUGCAUUUCAACCAUACUUUUUGAAAAAGAUAUGUAAUUGUAGAGGGUAUAGGGGAUCCAAAAAUGUUGGAUACUCAUACAAAAUACUUAUCAAUAUAAACUCAAUAUACAGGUCUAGAGUAUAGUAGAUAAUUUUCACCAAAAUUUUUUUAUCUUCUUUUGGAUGAAAUGCACAUCCACAUUUGUAUGCUAUAAUCUUGUAAAUGCAAGAACUGAACGAAGUUGGUGAAUUCUCAGCUAUUUCAAAA